UAACAUCAGUUACUUUUAUAUUAUUUGACAGUUAAGAGCUGUGUACAAGAUGGUACUACAGUAAGUGUUUUGUUUGACAAUACACCUGACCAAUAAGUUAAAUACAUCGAAGUAAUAGAAGAGGAACACAUACUGAAUGAGAGUUUUAACAAUAUAAUGUUGAAGCACAUUUUCUUCGCAACUGCGAUCAUAUUUGUAUUUCUGUCAGAAUCUGAGGCGCAAUAUGAUGAUAAGCGAUGUAAAUGCAUUUGUCCUAGUCUUUCAUCCGUUAUAAAUACAACACAAUCGUCAUUGGAACGACAAACAUAUAUUAUAAAUGUUCCACCCUCACAAUGUAACUGUGAAGAUGUGGUAUUAACAAAAGUAGGGGAUCAGUUGAAAGGUAAAGAGGAAAUUUUUUGUUCACGAUGUGAUUGCAAAUAUGAAAAUAGAAACACUGCUGUAAUCAAAAUAGUGGUGAUACUUGUUAUUUGGGUAAUAUCCCUCUUAGUGAUUUAUAUGUUAUUUUUAAUUUGUUUGGACCCAUUAUUAAACAAAAGAAUUCAUAAAGCUUCAACAAAUAUUGGCUAUCAUGAACAUAAUAAUGAAGAGGAUGAUCCCUCAAUAGCCCCUGGUACAUCUCAUCCUAUGGGUGAAAGAGGUAAUGUUUUAAAUCGCGUUGGUCAUCAGCAGGACAAAUGGAAACGUCAAGUUCGCGAGCAACGUCGUAAUAUUUAUGAUCGGCAUACUAUGCUUAACUAAAUUGUACAGAUCUGUUUAUAGAAAGAAUUAAAUAUGAUAAAUAAUAAUACAAAAUCUAUGACAUUCAUUUGAAGGCAUUUACAAAUUUUGUACAUAAUUUUUCCAGUUUAACUUCCAUAUAAACAUGAAAAUUUAAUUCCAUAAAAUGAUAAAUAAAUAAUUGAUCUAUUUGUAAAUGCCACCAAACUAGGUCACAGAUGCUAUGUUAACAUUGCACCGAAUAUAUAUACCUAGUAAUAUUCAAAUUUAC